CGGCCGCUGGUUCGUAGAGCAAACAAACAGUUCCUCGCAUCUAUAACGACCUCUAGGGAAGUAAACAAGGAGCGAAGUAUCUCCAGGCGCAAAACGGGCGGCGAGGUACUUAGUCACGUGCCACCUUUAAAAUGCACGUCGUAAUCUCCCCCUGAAGUUCUUUUUUCUUCCAAUCCAAGGGUUUUGCUGCCAACUCCGCCAGGCAGGGCAAAGGAGAGACACCAGGACAUCCAGACGCCAGCAGGACGGCCGGACAGACGACGGCUGCGGGAAGUGAACGACAAAACCAAGGGACGAGACAGGACUGCGUUGGAAGGGCGAUGGCUUCCGCUGCUGGCUGGCAUCUCAACAUCGACUCCUGCGCCGACCUCUAAGAUCGCUAAACGCUACUCCAGUUGUGUGCCCACCGUGGAACCAUGGAAGAGCCAGAACUCUCACAGUCCUCGCAGCCAUGCUUCGACAGCCCGCGGCAGCGACAGCGAGCAUCGCUCCCUCCCGGGCCAAACGGAGCUGCUCGACAUGCUAAGAGGCUCACGCUCAAUUUCCCCAUCAAUAUCCCGCCUGAGCUGGUACAACAGGGACCUCGUUCGGCGAAAGAUUCGCCCCCAGCGAAACACACACUCUCAGAAUCAUCACCUACCAUGCCGGCUUCCCAUCGAGCUUCGCCCUCGGUUUCUGCGUUGACUGAGCCGCCAGAUGAAGGGUACGGGUUCCUCACAGCUCUCGCUGCCCAGGAACGCAAGGUGUUGGAGCUCAAGGAGGAGCUGCACAGGGCCGAACUGGAGCUCGCCACCCUGAAGAAACGGUGGGAGCAGAAUGAAAAGGGCCGGAAGAUCAACCAGGCCGUCUAUCGGGCCGAAGCAAUGAAGCCGUUGAGGCAGCAGACACCGGUGGAAGGAAGUCCGGUUACAGGGACGGGAGCUACUCAGUCGCCGGUCGACAGUGAUGCACCCGGGUUGAAGAGACGUAGCCGAGAAUUGGACAGACGACACAGCUUGAGGCAGUCAGUAUCGCAUUCACCAGCUCCAGGCCAGCUGUCCAGAGCAAGAACGGUGUUCGAAGGCUCCCGGCAUACACGGACUCUGUCUCUUCUCUCCGCAAGAGACGACGACAACUGCUCUCCGUUCUUCCCCCAGUCAGCCGAUUCAAGAAGCGCACGACCUUCGGGAUAUCCCCGAUCUGCGACUCUCCCUUCCGUCGAUAGAGAAUCGAGCGGCAGUAAGCCGCUCAUCUUGUCCCCCGCGAAACAGAAACAAGUACAGGAUAAAGGAUUAUGGCGAAGGUCUCUCCCGCCAAUACCGCAAGACCCAACUACAGAGGCACUCAUGCGGACAGGAAAGCAGAUGGCUACGGAUUUCAAAGACGGAUUGUGGACGUUUCUGGAAGACAUUCGCCAGGCUACAGUAGGAGAGGAGGGUAUCAAUGCAACCCAAUCUCGUACAUCGCAAGCUUAUCAGCGCCAGGACCAUAUUAUCAACAGAUCAGGUGCAGGGACAGUAAAUUCCAAACCACAUUCAGCAGCAGCUCCUUCGAGAACUAGCAGAUCUGCAUCUAUCAAGCCCACUACCGCCGCCAAGCAAAAUAAACGUGCAACGGCUUCAGAAACCGACUUCUGGGAGGAAUUUGGCGUCACCGCUCCAAAUAAGACACAGUCAAACAAGGCUACCAAUCGGAAUCGCAAUAAGCCAAAUAAUCCGAAUAAUCAAACUAGUUUGCUAGAUAUCGACGACAACUGGGAUAUUUGGGAUAGCCCCCAGCCAAAGACACACACCCCAUCUUCGAGCAGCUCGACAUUCCCAUCAAAAAGAGACCAGUCGCCCUCGACAAAUGCUAGCAGCCCACGGACCAGUGCAAGCGUGGUGGACUACAAAGAUCUGGAUGUUGAGACCUUCAGCAACCCUGAGCAUCCAGGCAGCAUCCCCUGGCCUGUCAUAACCAAAUCGACCCCUUCCAAUCUGGCUCGCACAGCCUCUACCUUGAUGGCCGAGUGGGAACGAAGUCUCUCACCGUCCCAUUCAGACAGUGUAAAGAAAGGAUCCAAAGACGACUAAAUAUCUCUCGCACAAUCAUGAUAUAUAUCACUUUUUCAUUUACAACUCCCUUACCACCAAAGAAAAAACUCCACGACAUGACGACCAUGAUUGAAUCAUUAUAUAUAAGAAGAUCGAAUAUCGGGACGCAUUCUCUGUUUGUCGCGCAUCAA